ACUCAGAGCUGCUCUGGGAAUGGCUUCCCAAGGAGUUCCAGCCCUUUAGCCACUGCCUGGGGGUGAUUCACAGCAAAGGGAAUUGCUUGGGUGCUCAGCCCGGGGUAUAUGUGCUCUUCCAGAGGGUGCAGCUCGUGUAAGUGUGAGGUUAGAAUGGGAAUGCUGCUCUGCCCCUCCCAGCCCUGAGGUCUGGCUGGGGGUGGGUGGACCCUUCUGUGCCCACUAAGAGUGUUUCCAUCCAGAAUUGGGGUUGUGGAUUUUUUUUAACUGCCAGGAAAGGUGGAAAUACUGGUUUCUCUCUUGUGUGUUAGUGGUGUGCUGCUUGCUGAAUUCUUUAGUGACUUGCAUUUCCCAGAAUCCCCAAAACACUGAGGUUGGAAAGACCUCCAAGAUCACCAAGUCCAACCUGUGACCAAUCCCCACUUUGUCACCCAGCUCAGAGCACUGAGUGCCAUGUCCAGUCAUUCCUUGGACAUCUCCAUGGGUAGGGCCUCCACCACCUCUCUGGGCAACCCCUUCCAAAUUUUCCCCUUCCAGUCCUACAUCCUUGGUGUUCUGUAUUGCAUUACAUGACAGAACACAGCCUUUUGAGUUUCUUGCAGCCCAGGUAAGGGAAAUCCUGGUUUUCCUCACUUCCAUGGAAAGAUGUUUCUUCUCUGUGGAGAAGCAAGAGUUAACAGAGCUCUCGGGUUGGACUCAGUGAUGUGAGAGAGAGUUUCCAGAUCCAGACUUUCUUGCAGCUUUUAGGAAAAGUGGCAGGAGUGAAACCUUACUGGACUGAUGCUGUUAAGAUGUUGUUUUCUAUCUGAGUCAGGAUACACCAGUGCCAGUGUUCUGCUGCUCCUUUGUUCCCUGCAGCAGUGGCACACUGUGGGGAGAAGGGAAGGGACAGACAGCAGUAAAGGUGGAACAGGUUCUACAUUUCCCAGCCCUUGGGAUGCAGCACUGUCCAUCCACAUCUCCCAGUGUCCUGGGUGGUGUCUGCAGUGUCACUGUUAAGGGACAAUUGGGUUUUCAGGUGCUGCUGCUGCUCGGAGCAGAAAGGAAACAGAAGUGUGUUGUCACUGCAGAGUUCCCUGGGAAAGCCAAAGGAGCCUGUGCUGGAUAGCUGCCCAGGCUGCUCUCCCUGUCUGUGCUUAUCCACAUGCUGGGAAGGCUUGUCCCAUGGGAAGGACAAAGUGCACAGGUGUGGGAUACACCUGGGAGCCUCUGGCUGUGCUGCUGCCAGGUGAGGGCGGGCCCAGCUCCGACCAGAGCUACCGCAGGGCCGGGUGAUUCUUCAUGGCUCAUUUCUGCUUCUCCGAGCAGCAGCCACAGAAAAUGCACACUUCCCUUUUCUGUCAGGGGGCUCUGACACCUGAGCACUGAUCCUUGUUGGGGGACAGCCCCGGAAUCUCAGCGAGGCAGCUCUGCACUUCCAGAGUUGGUAGGAUGCUAUGGUGGAAGGCAGGAGAGUCCCUACCUGCCACAGCCUGUGCUUUCACCCCAGUGAUUGCUGCCAAAUUGUCCUCCCUGCCUUUAGGGUGACCCCAAAGGCUCGGGGUGCAGCAGGGCUGUGCUGGAGGUGCCGCUGAGAGGCGGGGCUGGCGCUGAGAGGCUGGAGCGGAGCCUCUGGAGGGCGCGGUGCUCCAUAUCCUGUGAUGGAUGGUGGUGGUGAUGGAUGCUCCCUCGCACCCUUGCGUUCUCCUCUGCUCUCUCCCGACGUCUGCAAAUCAGUGUGGAAGAAGCUCCUGAGCUCCCAAGCUCCCCGUGUCAAUGUGUUCAUGGCAGUGCCCUCCAUCUAUGCCAAGCUGAUGGAAUAUUAUGAUGAGCACUUCACCCAGCCCCAGGUGCAGGAUUUCGUGCGUGCCUUUUGCCAGGAGAACAUCAGGUUAAUGGUGUCAGGCUCAGCAGCCCUGCCUGUGCCUGUCCUGGAGAAGUGGAAGAGCAUCACGGGGCACACCUUGCUGGAGAGGUAUGGGAUGACUGAGAUUGGGAUGGCGCUUUCUAACCCUUUGCAUGGAGUCCGUGUCCCAGGUUCCGUGGGCACCCCGCUGCCCGGCGUGGCAGUGCGCAUCGCCAGCGAGACCCUGAGCGGCGGCGCCCGCUCCUACAGCAUCCACGCCCAGGGCGAUGAGAACAGCACGCAGGUGACCCCGGGCCUGGAGGGACAGGAGGGGGAGCUGCUGGUGAAGGGCCCCUCGGUGUUCCGUGAGUACUGGAACAGACCCAAGGAGACGGCGGACGCCUUCACGCCCGACGGAUGGUUCCGGACAGGAGACACAGCAGCAUACAAGGAUGGAGUGUACUGGAUCAAGGGCCGCACCUCCGUGGACAUCAUCAAGAACGGGGGGUUCAAAGUCAGCGCGCUGGAGGUGGAGCGGCAGCUCCUGGCACACCCCCACAUCACAGACGUGGCAGUGAUCGGGCCCCCGGACGUGGUGUGGGGACAGCGGGUCAGCGCCGUGGUGAAGCUGCGCCAGGGCCAGAUGCUCUCCGUGAGGGAACUGAAGGACUGGGCCAGGGACACCAUGGCUCCCUACACCAUCCCGACAGAGCUGAUCGUGGUGGAGGAGAUCCCGCGCAACCAGAUGGGCAAAGUCAACAAGAAGGAGCUGCUGAAACGCUUCUACCCAGCCUAGUGCCCACCUGGGGGGCUUGGCCCUGAUCCACGGCAUUCUGCCCCUGAGGAGGAGCCAAGGGAUCAUCCCUGGCAGAUCUGGGCUCGCUGCAGCCUAGUCCUUGAUUCAUGUCCAGUAAAAGUAGCAUUUGUCCCUCCUGGCUGAGCCGAGCCAGAGCUGCAGAGUUAGGGUUUCCUUGUGGGGAGCCCCUUGCAGGAAUCACAGAAUCACAGAAUGGUUUGGGUUGGAAGGGACCUUAAAUUCUGUCCAGUCCCACUCCCUGCCAUGGGCAGGGACACCUCCCACUACCCCCUGGUGCUCCAAGCCCUGUCCAAUCUUCCACGGUUGGGGCAGCCACAGCUGCUCUGGGCACCCUGCACCAGGACCUCCCCACCCUCACAGGCAAUGACUUCCCAGCAGAAAUAAAUAAAUAUAAAAUCAGACAUAAAUUCUGGCUGUAUGAUCCAGUGCAUCCACCACCACCAAGUGACCCCAGUGCACUACUGAUGAAUCCCACCUUUCAACGUGGAAGUUUGUCCUGUUUGACUCUACACAUGAGCUGCCAGCCCCAGGGGGUUGGUGGUGCCAGUGGGGCACAGCAGCCCCCAUCCAGUGGGUCCAUCUCCUCUGGUCCUGUCCAGUGCUGAGGGGGUGACAGGCAGCUCCAGCUUUUCCUGGUAGCUGAUGGGGCUCUGGAAACACCAGGGAGGGCAGGAGGAAAAAGGAGCAUGAGUAAUUACACGGGUCACUAGAGCCCCAGAAAUCUGGGAUGUGUAAAGAGCAUGGAAAGGACAUGGAGGGGACCAUGGCAGGCACAUGGUGCUGGGC